CACCAACAAACACACACAGACACCUGUACACACAGACAUGUACAUACACACACACACACACACAUAUAUACACACACAGAAACAUGUACACACACGCACAGAGACACAUGUACACACACACAUACAGACAGACACAUGUAUACACACACAGGCACAGACACGCAUACACACAGAUACAUGAACAUACACAGAAAUACACACGCACAGACACAUGUACAUACAUACACAGACACAUGUACACACAGACACACAAAACACACACACACAUGUACACACACACACACAUACAGACACAUGUAUACACACACAGGCACGUACAGACAUGCAUACACACAGAUACAUGAACAUACACAGAAAUACACACGCACAGACACAUGUACACACACACACACACACACCCAUAAAAAGUUGCAGUACUUCGUUCUUCACGCACAGAGCCGGAUACUGCACUCUAGGGGGAGGCAGAGAGCACAGCACACACUCCUUCCUUUGCUUUCACUGCGCUCAGCUAUUGAGCAGUCUGACGGCUCCUAGUGCCAAUGACGGAUCUGGCCUGAGCUCCGAGCCUGCUCAGCAAGACCGCCCUGGGGGACACACUCGCCCCCCACCAUAAUUUCCACUCGCCAUUGGCGAGCAGGUGAGUGGAAAUUUCAAGC